AAGGAACUCAAACGCAUAGCUUCCUACAAAUACCCCAGCUAGCCAAUACUCUCCACCACUAAACCCAAAGCUCAAAAAAAAUCUUAACUGCACCCGCUCAUCCAGCAAUGGCAGCAGCAACAAUGGCCCUCUCGUCCCCUUCGCUAGCCGGAAAGGCGGUGAAGCUCAACCCCUCCUCCUCUGAGAUCAUGGGCAAUGGCCGUGUCUCCAUGAGGAAAACCACCAAGCCUGUUCCCUCCGGGAGCCCAUGGUACGGACCAGACCGUGUUAAAUACUUGGGCCCGUUCUCUGGUGAGCCCCCAUCCUACUUGACUGGUGAGUUCCCUGGUGACUACGGCUGGGACACUGCUGGCCUCUCUGCUGACCCAGAGACCUUUGCCAAGAACCGUGAGCUUGAAGUCAUCCAUUCCAGGUGGGCCAUGCUUGGAGCUCUUGGAUGCGUCUUCCCCGAGCUCUUGUCCCGCAACGGUGUCAAGUUCGGCGAGGCUGUAUGGUUCAAGGCUGGAGCCCAGAUCUUCAGCGAGGGUGGACUUGACUACUUGGGCAACCCAAGCUUGAUCCACGCACAAAGCAUCUUGGCCAUCUGGGCUACACAGGUGGUCUUGAUGGGUGCCGUUGAGGGUUACAGAAUUGCUGGCGGGCCACUCGGUGAGGUAACUGACCCAAUCUACCCAGGUGGAAGCUUCGACCCACUGGGCUUGGCUGACGAUCCCGAAGCAUUCGCUGAGUUGAAGGUGAAGGAACUCAAGAAUGGUAGGUUGGCUAUGUUCUCAAUGUUCGGAUUCUUUGUCCAGGCCAUUGUGACCGGAAAGGGACCACUGGAGAACCUGGCUGACCACCUUUCUGACCCAGUAAACAACAACGCCUGGGCAUAUGCCACAAACUUCGUUCCCGGAAAGUGAGCAACAAAAGAGUUUUUUCUGUGCUGGGACUAUUGGCUUGUAAUGUUAACUUGUGAUGUAACGAGCUCAUGAAUUGAAACUUGCGCUAAAAGUAAAUAUUCUGUUUGGUCCCUUGAAAAAAGAGAGUCGUUUUUCCUCUUA